UAAUAAAUGUUACUUAAAUAAAGCAACAUUUUCAUUCAACAGAUAACGUUUUAUAUAAGCAUAUAUUGUUAUAAUGAAACAACUUUCAGUCAAAUAAAUAGAAACACUAAUUUCAAUGAUAUCUUUUUCUCAAACAUUAAAUGGAUUAUGUGUAUGCAUACGAUAAAUCACAUUUAGUCAUCAUGUAUUACCUCACGCAACAAAAGAAUGCCUGCGAUUCGUCGAUAAGUCGCAGAAAAAAUCUCGGCAGAGAAUGUAAAUUUUCCCGUUUAAAAUUCAUGAAGAGACACGUGCAGUAUCAUAUGAGGAAACCUUUAUCCCUCUCGCAGAAAUCGAGAACUGCGUCUAAAUAAAGUUUACCCUUCAUGUUCUAUGAUCACGAUCAUCGCUUUCCAAGAACGAAAGUCGCGCGGAACAGCGCAGACGCAACGUUUGACUUGCCUCGCUCAAACUUUGUCGCGCGAGCCCCUCAGUCUCCGUCUAACUCUUGUCCUCUAAAUAAUGGUAGGAACUAUGAUGGAAAGAACAAAUCCUGUCGCGACGGUCUACAAUCAUGACAAAGAUAUACAGCUGAGCAUCCAGCUAAAUCGUUGGUUAUUAAAGCCGAUCGGCGUCUGGCCGAACUUAACCGACAUCUCACGUAUGGAAAGAUACGCGUACGGAUUAAUAAACGUAAUUUGCACCAGUCUGAUCGGUUUUCUCUUUAUACCAUCUGCCAUCUACAUGGCGCUUGAAAUGGAUAACAUGUAUUAUAUUUUGAAACUUUCCGGGCCGCUGAGUUUUUGCCUAAUGGCCGUUGUCAAGUACUCCUCGCUGAUUAUUCGCGAGAACGACAUCCGCCAUGGAAUCAAACAUAUCGAGAGCGACUGGAUAAGCACCCAGCAUUACGGCGAUCGGAUCAUCAUGAUCAGGAACGCGAAGUUCGGCCGACGUCUCGUGUCGAUCUGCGCGUUCUUCAUGUACGGCGGUGCCGUAUUUUAUUAUCUCGCCCUGCCUUUCAGUAAAGGCAAGAUCACCGACCAUGAUGGAAACCUGACAUACCGGCCACUAGUGUAUCCAGUCGCCAGGGUGAUCGUCGACGCACGAUAUAGUCCAAUUAGUGAGAUCUUUUUCUGGCUUCAGUGUCUGUCAGGUUUCAUAGCACACUCCAUCACGACCGGUGCUUGCAGCUUAGCCGCCGUGUUCGCGAUGCACGCUUACGGCCGUCUGGAGGUUUUAAUACAGUGGAUCGAACAUCUAGUAGAUGGUCGGGAAGAUUUUUGCGAUAACGUAGAUGAGAGGUUGACGAUGAUCGUACAACAGCACGUUCGAAUCUUACGUUUUAUAUCGCUAACGGACAAAGUAUUACGUGAAAUAUCUAUGGUGGAAAUUGUAGGAUGUACGUUAAACAUGUGUUUCCUUGGAUAUUACACUCUCACGGAAUGGGAGAAUAGAGAGCCUGCAAGUUAUAUAACAUAUAUUGUUCUGCUUAUAUCUCUUACGUUCAAUAUUUUUAUAUUUUGUUACAUCGGCGAACUUGUUGCCGAAAAGUGCAAGAAGAUCGGCCAGAUAUCAUACAUGAUCGAUUGGCAUCGUCUAUCAGGAAGAAAGGGCCUCGCCCUCGUUUUAAUGAUUGCUAUGUCCAACUCGUCGGUCAAACUGACUGCCGGAAAUUUCUUCGAAUUAUCCCUCAGUACUUUCGGUGACGUGGUUAGGAUGUCUGUUGCCUAUUUGAACAUGCUACGUACAUUAACUACAUAACAAUUAAAAAUUAUUAGUAUAAUCACAUACUGAUUGCAAAUAAAUGCUAAAAUUAUAUAAUACAUAUCAAGAGAAAAAAGAAAAAUGAAUGUGAUUAAUAAAACAUUGAUUAAAAUUUACUAAAAUAUUUGCUGAAAGAAAAAAGGUAUAAUAUAUUUUUCUCGUAGUUUCCUCUAAAAUAUCUCUUGCGAAAUACUAUCAGUAAUAUUUUGUGUUUAUAUUAUUAUUAUAUUAUUUCACACUCCUAGUUUGAGAUAAACUUUCUAUGUAAAUCAAGUUCUUUAAUUAACUUAUGUGUACAAAUUAUAAUAUUUUAUUUAUAUGGAAAGCUUACUAAAAAUAUAUACAAAUUAUCUGACUU